AUGAAUUUUGAACAGCUUCCUGAGCCACGACUCACAGCUCCUGAGCCACGCUCACAGCUCCUGAGCCGCGACUCACAGCUCCUGAGCCGCGACUCACAGCUCCUGAGCCGCGACUCACAGCUCCUGAGCCGCGACUCACAGCUCCUGAGCCGCGACUCACAGCUCCUGAGCCGCGACUCACAGCUCCUGAGCCGCGACUCACAGCUCCUGAGCCGCGACUCACAGCUCCUGAGCCGCGACUCACAGCUCCUGAGCCGCGACUCACAGCUCCUGAGCCGCGACUCACAGCUCCUGAGCCGCGACUCACAGCUCCUGAGCCGCGACUCACAGCUCCUGAGCCGCGACUCACAGCUCCUGAGCCGCGACUCACAGCUCCUGAGCCGCGACUCACAGCUCCUGAGCCGCGACUCACAGCUCCUGAGCCGCGACUCACAGCUCCUGAUAAUCCUGAACCCGAUUGGUUGGACAGUGAAGGAGGUUAUAUGUAGUUUAUUGCUCUCUCCGCUGAAGUGUGGUUUUGGCGAGGGUAUGGAGCACCCUAUUCACAGAGGGGAAACCAUGCCUGUUGGACUUCAUGACAGAUCCCUUGUGGAGGACGACGACGCGCACAUGAAAGUGGCUCUGGGCUAUGGCGAUAUGGGCAUCUCUGCUCACCUGCAGGCCUCCAAAACCGGGAACACACGCUUCUUCACAAGCAACACGCACAGCUCUGUGGUUCUUCAGGGAUUCGACCAGCUGAGAAUAGAGGGGCUGCUCUGUGACGUCACUUUAGUGGCAGGGGACGGGGACGAAGCGUUUCCUGUGCACCGCGCCAUGAUGGCCUCCUCCUCCGACUAUUUUAAAGCCAUGUUUACAGGUGGGAUGAAAGAGCAGGAUUUAAUGUGCAUCAAGCUCCACGGGGUGAACAGAAUAGGCCUAAAGAAGAUCAUCGACUUCAUAUAUACGGCAAAGCUAUCGCUGAACAUGGAGAAUCUACAGGACACACUGGAGGCUGCCAGCUUCCUCCAAAUCCUCCCUGUGCUGGAUUUUUGCAAGGUUUUUCUUAUAUCAGGGGUCUCUCUUGAUAACUGUGUGGAGGUCGGACGCAUUGCCAACACAUACAACCUCACAGAAGUGGACAAAUAUGUCAACAACUUCAUUUUGAAAAACUUUCCUUCGUUGCUUGGCACGGGAGAGUUUGUGAAGUUACCUUUUGAACGAUUGGCUUUUGUAUUGUCGAGCAACAGCUUAAAACACUGCAGCGAAUUGGACCUGUUCAAAGCUGCAUGUCGCUGGCUCCGCUUUGAGGACGGCAGAAUGGACUACGCCUCUAAACUCAUGAAGAACAUCAGAUUCCCCCUCAUGAACCCACAAGAACUCAUCAACCAUGUUCAAACAGUAGACUUUAUGCGCACAGAUAACACUUGUGUCAACCUCCUGCUGGAAGCUAGCAACUACCAAAUGAUGCCCUACAUGCAGCCAGUCAUGCAGUCAGAAAGGACAGCCAUCCGCUCAGACAGUGCCCACCUGGUCACACUGGGUGGGGUCUUGCGGCAACAGUUGGUUGUGAGCAAAGAGCUGCGGUUAUUUGAUGAAAAGGCUCACGAGUGGAAAGCUUUGGCACCCAUGGACGCGCCCCGGUACCAGCACGGCAUUGCAGUGAUUGGAAACUUCUUGUACGUUGUGGGCGGCCAGAGUAACUACGACACCAAAGGCAAGACGGCAGUGGACACGGUGUUCCGCUACGACCCGCGCUACAACAAGUGGAUGCAAGUGGCGUGCCUUAAUGAGAAGCGAACCUUCUUCCACCUCAGUGCACUCAAGGGACACCUCUAUGCUGUGGGAGGAAGGAACGCCGCCGGAGAGCUCGCUACCGUGGAGUGCUACAACCCCAGGACAAACGAAUGGACGUACGUUGCCAAAAUGAAUGAGCCGCACUAUGGACAUGCUGGCACUGUGUAUGGUGGCUACAUGUACAUUUCAGGAGGAAUUACUCAUGACACGUUCCAGAAGGAGCUGAUGUGUUUUGACCCGGACGCAGACAAAUGGACUCAGAAAGCGCCCAUGACGACAGUGCGCGGCCUGCACUGUAUGUGCACUGUAGGAGACCGGCUCUAUGUGAUCGGAGGGAACCACUUCAGAGGCACCAGUGACUAUGAUGAUGUGCUUAGUUGCGAGUAUUACUCUCCUGCUCUGGACUUAUGGACUCCUAUUGCCGCCAUGCUGCGUGGCCAGAGCGACGUGGGCGUGGCUGUUUUUGAGAAUAAGAUUUAUGUGGUAGGUGGGUACUCGUGGAACAAUCGAUGUAUGGUAGAAAUCGUACAGAAGUACGACCCAGAGAAAGACGAGUGGCACAAAGUGUUUGACUUACCAGAGUCCCUGGGAGGCAUCCGGGCCUGCACACUCACAGUGUUCCCUCCUGACGACCUUUCGGGCUCCCCCUCCAGAGAGUCUCCACUCUCGGCACCUUGA